GUUGCUAACAACAGACGCUGUAUCAGACCUCCUUGAAAUAAGCAUUUUUUUUUUUUUGGCUGACUACAUAUUACACAUCAGUUUCUACGAGAUUUAAGUUUAUGUGAGGCAGAGACGAGCUAAUGGCAGAGACGGAUGACAUCUUUAGGCCCAUCAUCGUUGAUGGAGUGGUGGUCCGAGACAAAACAUUUUUGGAAAGACUGGGGAAAGUGCUGAAACUUCAGUGGCUAAGUGACAAAAGUCUAGAGAUGAGGAAAUCGCUCCUUGACAGUAUCAUUCCUUCUCUUGCUUGCCGAGCUGUGGAAAACAACGAUUUCAUUUCACUAAGAGUCCUCCUAAAAAAGGGGGAUGCCAGUUGUGAAACCUAUGACGAAUUCACACCCCUUCAUACAGCAUGUGAGCUGGGGAAUUUAGAGAUGAUUCUUUUCUUGCUGACAAGGGGGGCAUCUCCUCGUCACAUGAACCGCUUUGGAAACUGCCCAAUGUACAUGGCCAUUAAAAACAGGCACUGUCAUGCUGUUAAACUCCUGAGAUUAAAAGGAGUCACUGUUAGUCUUCAGACUGUGAGAAUUGCCAUGGAAAUGAUCCAAGCGGUGCAGAACAGAGAUUACCCUGUGCUGCGUGCUUGGUUUCUAUCAGGAGUCGACAUGGACGCUAAAGACUAUAAUGAGCGCACUGUAAUGCAUGAGGCGGUUUGUCUGAGAGACAAAUCUAUGAUCAGCAGACUACUGGGAUAUGGAGCCACACCACUGGAGAGAGAUGUGUGGGGUCAGACAGCCAUGGAUAUUGCUCAAAAUGACGCAACGAUGAUGGCUCUUUUUGAGCCUAUUUUCACAACGCGUUGCCCCACCAAACAGGCCUAUCUGCUGUAUAAGGCAGAACAUUCACACAUAUAAAAAAGGUUAUAAUAAUAUCAGUAAUUGAAAAAAAAAAUAAUCAGAAACCUUUUUAAUUAAUCUAAUUUGUGAAUUAAUUGUAUUCAUUAGAAUGUAUUUUUCUCUCAAUCUGCUGUAUUGUAUUUGUGGGAGGAAUAAUUGAUAAUAAUAAAUAAAUCUAUGUUGUGGCACACUA